AUGCAGGUGGGGAGUCUGGCCAACUUGCGGAAGGUGAAGGUGUAUGGAAGUCGGGAUUCGCUGUUCAUCGUUGGGGUGAACAAGAAGGAGGAGGCGUAUGAAAUAACGGAGGUGGGGCGGGGUAGGGAGGUGGAGGUGAAGCGGAACUUCCAGGUGCACACAAAGUCCUCCUAUCGUAACUUUGUGUGGAAAAAUGGUCUAGAGUAUGUGUGUAAAUGUGAGGGUGUGUUGGGGUGCAUCCGGUUUUUAAGUUACCCCUAUUUGUAUGUCAUAACGAAGAAGGAGAAAGUAGCUGUCCUGUUCAAUGAGCACAAGGUGUACCAGGUCAAGUCGGUCCUGCUGAUCCCGUUUAGAGACGAUGUGUUUGAAAACUUCAACGAUGAGAAUGAGUUGGUGCAAGUUUUCUACAACAGCGUUAAUCACAAGAAUAUUUAUUUUUCGUACACAUAUAAUUUGCCUUGCUGUGUGCAGGAGAACUAUUACUUGCAGAAGGAGUUCCUUCGAGGGGUCAACAUCCACUGUAGGGACUACAGGAAUGAGUACCUGUGGAACCGCUACCACAGUAAGGCAUUUAUUCGACAAAACGUGUUCAUAUGUGUGCCAACAAUUAGUGGGUUCUUUGUUCAGUCUAAAUUCUGUUGUGAAGGGAAAGUCAUAGAUGUGACGUUUAUCGCUAGGAGGUGUAACAAGUACGCCGGGACGAGGUACCGCAAAAGAGGCAUCAACGCGAAGGGAUACUCAGCCAACCAAGUAGAAACGGAACUUAUUUUAUUCCAAAGGGAUUUCGAAACAGCCAUCCUUUCGUAUGUACAACUGAGGGGAUCCGUUCCUGUGUUCUGGAGUCAAGGUGUUAACUACCACCUGUUGAAGAGGCCAAAAAUAAAGUGCAUGAAAAAUGACGUCCUUUUUACCUGCACAAAAAGACACUUCAGUCACCUUCUACGAAGAUAUGGGUACCCUAUUAUUGCCAUAAACCUGCUGAGCAAAAACAAACACAGUGAUGAGAAUAAUUUGUCGAAUGAAUAUGAAGCUUGUAUUGCUGUGCUGAAUAGGGACAUGCCUCCUCCUGUUAGGAUCAUUUACAAACACCUAGAUCUGAGGAAGGCAUACAAAAUAGGCACCAAGUACACCCUCCAAAGGUUGAAGGUUCUGUUUAAUUUUUCGCAGAGCAAUGUAGGCUACUUCUACCUUAGGAAUGGUGACGUGGUUGUCAUCCAGAGGGGGAUCCUUCGCUUCAAUUGUGUCGACUGUCUUGAUAGGACAAACGCAGCUCAGCUAUUCCUUAAGAUGUAUAUGUUGGUACAUUUUUUAGAACUGAUUAGCCGCGUGAAAAAGAAGGCCUUAUGUGUUAACCACGUCGGACAUCUAUCUCAGAUGUAUGAAGAGUUGGGCGAUGCCAUAGCGAAGCAGUAUGCAGGUUCUACUGCGCAUAAGAAGUACACCCCUGGGCAGAGCAACAACUUUUUUGUGCAAUCUAAGGAACUACUAACAUCAAUUAAGCGGUACUAUAUUAGCUCGUUUAACGACCUGGAGAAGCAAAAAUCCAUUAAUCUGUUCCUAGGUGUGGCAGACGAUAAACUGCAGGAUAUUCGGCACGCCCACGACCUCGACACGUACGUGCAUGGGCGCACCUUCUUUCGACCCGAGGGUGCUAGUCGUGCAUCCCCCUUCUGGUGGGUCCUCCCGCUGGAGCGGUUUUGCGCCAAGGUGGAGUUGCUGCUCGGGGGGAGACUCAAAAAUGGGCGCAACAUAACGGGGGGCCACGUAACGACUAACCGGAUUGCUAACCGGAUUGCUAACCGAACUGCUAGACGAACCGCUACGCGGUGCACCCACAGGAGGAAGGACAAAGUCGUGCCUAGCAUGUUAAGCAAUUUGAAGUUCUACCGCUGUUUCAGCGAAACGAAUGUUUUCAAAAAUUUGUACAACGCGCACAACUGGGAGGGUCGAUUCGCACAGGUGGUGGAGCUAGCCGUCAGAGGGGUAACAGAAGUGGGUAAAGCUGCAGGCGUCACCUGUGCGUCCUCCACUGCAGGGACGCUCCUGUUGAAGAGUUGCGGAGGGGAGAGCCACGCCGGAAGGCUGUCCAAAAAAUCGGUGGAAGAAGUCUUAUCCCCUUUUGAGCGAUCCCUGAAUUUAAUCUCCCACGUGCACAAAUUCUACGACGCACACAAACAUAACUUCUAUUUUUACUUCGAAAACAAGAACGUCUUUAGAUUCCGCAUUUGGAGAAAUAUAGCAACGUAUAAUUAUCUGAACUACCUGAAGAUUUUUUUCGACGUCUUUUUUCUUCUGUACUACUGCUUCUGCAAGAGGUACAACGUGAGCAUGGUGUAUAUGAGUCAUGUGAAUGCGUUGUGUAGGUUGCUCGGUCACUGCAACAACACAGACGGUAGGGGAAACCGCAGGGUGCAUGGGUGCGCCCCCCCCUUGGUGAAUCCCUACACAUUAGAGAAGGACGUGCAGCAGAUCAUCCACCAGUAUGGUAGUUACAAAAAGGUGUCCUUUGCGUUGGAACCUUACCUGAAUUAUUCCACCUUGAAUAGCGCUCCUUAUCAGUACAUGCUAAUGAGUGGGCGCUCUCUUAUUGGGAGGACACGAAAAAACAGGAAGCGUCCUCCCUUAAGGGGAAGACACCCACGUAAGAAUGGUGCAGUGAGGAACAUUUUUAAACGAUCCUAUAUUACCCAUGUGAAUGACUCUCCUGUUAUACACUUAGAGGGGAAGACACACUACAACCCCAUUUUCAAGAAAAAGCUAAUUGAUCAAAUGAAGAACAGGGUGGUUAAAGGGAAGGGCGCCUGUGCCUAUUACUCGAGGGCGUAUGAGAGGUCGAAAAGGCGCUGCAUCGGACCUACAAAGGGGACCAAGCAGCUGGACCAGUUGGAAGAGCAGAUUAAGAAAACGCCGCGGGGGUACUGCCCAAUAUAUUUCAAUGCUAACAUGGUUAAGUUUUUUUUUUUCAUAUAUAGUUGCUGCCGUGGGGGGGGUUCAACGGAGGAGAACGCCAAGUGGUCCAGUUCCGUGUCCGUCGUGAGGGGGAUUGUCAUGGAUUUGUUACGCGUGGCACCACCGGUGGGCGCGCCCCCGCAAAACAUGCAGCUGCUGCUCAGACAAGCGACCCAAGCACGCACCCUGCAGGAGUUCCUCUCCGACCUGUAUAUGCACUACGUUUACAAAGACGAUCAGUACAAGGAACUGAACCUAAGUAACCUCCAAAAUCCCAACGCGCCAAACUGCAGUGACGAAAAGAGCAAAGUGAAAAAAUCAGAACAGAGGUUCCUCCUAGACGAGUAUGACACAUUUGAUUACAAUUUAAAAAAAAAAAAAAAAAAAAUUUCCCAAAUCGAUCGGAAAAUAAAAAACGAAGUCGGCAAGCAUCACGCACAUCUCUCCAGGGAGUAUCUCUCCGUGAAGCAUUUUACAAAAACCUACUUCAACGAGAUGACCGACUUGCGGAACCGAGACAGGGACGUGAAUAGAUUUUUUCUUCACCAGGCUGAGUUGGGAAACUCCCAAAUGGCCAACCAAAGUUACCAUUUCUUUCAGGAAAACUCCUUGCACUCCACACGGUUCGACGGGAAAAAGAACCCGUUCACUACGUGGACCUCAGCGCAAAUGGUGCCUAACUUCAACGUUCUGCGUCAUAGACUGGAGGGCCAGGUGGACUACCUGCAGUACUGCAACCCGAUGUCACGCGAUAUUUUCCGCCCGUAG